AUGAAUGCUAAUGGCGUUACAGGAGCACAGAUCAGGAGCAUGUACGGGACACCAACGAUGGCAAACGCCAUGCCGAAUAUAAACCCAGGAAUGGCAGGGCAGAAUCCUGCCUUCUCCCUCGCACAGCGACAAGCACUUGGCGCCCCCUUCCAGAUGAAUGGCAACAACCCGGCCUUUGCAGCCCUGAGCCAACAACAACAGCGUCAAAUCCAACACCAGCAUAUGAUACAACAGCAACAGCAACAGUUCCAGCUUCAGCAGUUUCAACAACAACAGCAGCAGCAACAGCAUCAACAGCAGCAGCAGCAACAGCAGCAGCAGCAACAGCAGACGUCGAUGUUGAACAACUUUCAAUUGCAACAACCACCACAGCCACAGCCCUCUACAGUGGAUACUAACACCGACGCAUCAAAGGCUGGCCAGACACCCGGUGGCGAUAUGAACGACGAUCUUUUCGGACUGGACUCCUUUGUAGACUUUACCGACAUGGGUCCUCCCACGACAGCGUCACAGUCCAGCCCUCCAAAAUCGACUGAUGAAAAUGGCGGCACGUCAAACGAGGGCACGUCCACAGCAGCCACCGCAGCUACCACCACCAACAGCAACGCCGGUAACAAUAACGCGAACGCCGCCAGUACCAACGCAAACAACUCCCCAGCCAAUGCCAACGCCACCAAUAACAACAACAACACCAACAACGGUGGUGCUAAUGGUCAGAGCUCUAUGGCAGCAGGAACUGCAUUCAACCAAGCGACUGGCUCGCCUUCAUCGUUUCCAGGAACCCCAGGACAAGCACAGAUGCAGCAAGCUCAACAACCACUUGCACAGCCUCAGCAAAAUCAGCAAAAUCAGCAAAAUCAGCAAACACCAGCGGCAGCAUUGAACUUGCAGAGGCAACAGAUGCAACAACUCCAGCAGCAGCAGCAGUUAAAUCAGAACCGGAAUGGCAUGAGCCCUAACAGCCACACCCCUCCAGGUAUGAUGAUGCAGCCCUCGCCACAACAGCAACAGUUGCAGCAGCUCCAGCAGCAACAGGCCCAGCAGCAGGCACAAGGCCAGCCCCAGCAACCAGGCCAGCAGAUGCCCAAUGGAGUGACCCCAGGCAUGCCCUUCAUCUCCAUGGAAAUGCGCCAGCAGAUGAACCUUCUUCAACAAGCGAGCCGGCAACGAUACCAGAACACCUUAGAGGAGAUUCUGCGGCGGCAGCAGCAAGCACUUCUUGCAGCUAACGGAGACGCAGGAGUGAUUGCUACGGUGAACUCCCAGUUCGACAACAUGCGGGAACAAGCAGCUCAGCAACAGCAAUUCCAAGCCGAGAUGCAGAUAAGGAGCUUCCGUCAGCAGAUCAUGCAGCAACAAGCUGCGGCGGCUGCGGCGGCAGCAGGGCAAGGCGCCAACCAGAGUCCCAAGAUGGUUCCAAAUGCUCUGGGCAAUAUGAUGAUGGCACAGACCCCCCAGCAGAAGCAGCAGCAGCUCCUAGCGCAGCAGCAGGGCGUUUUCGGUUCUCCUCCUUAUACCCCCCAGCAGCAAGCGCAGAGCCAGCAGAUGCAGAUGCAGAUGAACCUCCAGGGACAACAGCACCUGCAAGGAACGCCUCAAAUGCAGCAGCAGAUGCUUCAGCAGCGACAGCAACUCGAACAGUUGCAGCAACAACAGAAGCAGCAGCAGCAGCAGCAAGGACAGCUCCCACAACAGCAACUUCCUCAGCACAUGCAUAACGUAAACGGCAUUCCCGCGAACAAUGCGCUCUCAGGCGGCGCAGGAGCGAAAGCAAGGAAGCAGCAAGGAUCUCAGCCUACCUCAGCCCAGUCCUCGCCAUCUCAAGCCAAUGCCAGUCUGCCUAUUAUCCAUAACGUCAUCCCCAACCUGAACAUUGACUACACGACGAUCACUGGUGACGAGUUCGAGGAGCAACUUCGGGACUUUAUGAAGAACCGCAACACCCCUUUGCCAACCAAGAUUCCAAGCAUGGGCAGCAAGAAGAUCAACCUGUUGUUGCUGUUCCGCAUCUCCAUGUCAAUGGGAGGAAUGGAGAGUGUCUCCAAGCAGAAGGCGUGGAAGAGCAUCGCAAGUCAGCUGGAUAUUCCGGACACACUUGCGACCGCCGCCCAAACACUCCGGAAACACUAUUCUCUCCUUUUGCAUCCCUUCGAGGAAGCUCUCACGCUUGCCAAGAAUUCUGGCAUGACCGUCCAUCCGUCACUUGGUGUUGUGCCAGUGAUUCCAUUGCCAGACCCUAUGGAGAACCAAGGCCUUCAGCAGACGGCGCAAAUGGGUCAAAUGGGUCAAAUGGGACAGCUGAACCAGAUGAACCAGAUGAACCCAAUGAACCCGAUGGGUCAGAUGGCGCAAAUGGGUCAAAUAGGACAAAUGGCUCAGAUGGGUAUGGGCGCCCCUCACCUCCUCCACCAGCAAGGGUUCCCAGCUAAUCCUAUGAUGCAGCAACACCAGAUGCAGCUGCAACAACACCAGCUCCAGUUAUACCAGCAGCAGCAGCAGCAAAUUCAGCAGCAGCAAAUUCAACAGCAGCAGAUACUUCAGCAACAACAGGCGCAACAGCAGCAGCAGCAGAUGCAACAACAGCAGCAUUUGCAGCAACAACAGGCUCAACAGCAGGCGCAGCAGCAGUCCCAACAGUCGCAAGCGCAACAGCAACCACAUUUGCCUAAUGCACGGGUCCCCACUACUGGCCCCAUGACUUCUUCGGGUCCAGCCACCAAUGCGUCUGCGCGAUUCUCGCCCUACCCUACUGCCAUGCUUUUGAAGCAGGCACAGGCACAGGCCCAAGCCCAGGCUCAAGCUCAAGCACAAGCCCAGGCUCAAGCAUCGCCAUCCCUCCCUGACACCACCGUUCCAGGCCAGGAUGCCUCUGCAGGCGCGACACCUGACCUUGGACAAGCUGCUGCAGGUCAGGACAAGGAUUCCAACACUUCCCAGGGUGAAUCACAAGGUGAUGCCUCGGCUCCUGUCUCUACAGACACGCAGGCACUGCCCGCAUCUUCAGCACCCACUGCGCAGGCGCAAGGCGCAGCUGAUGGAUCUGGACAGGACGCGUCAAGUGCAGGAGCAACUGGAGCAGGAGCAGGAGGUGUCGUCGCUGAUCCUAAUGCUUUGACGCAAGCUCCAGGCAGCGACGCCCCUGUUAUUAGCGGCGCUUCGGCUGCCAAUAUGCAAGGACCAGGAGCGCCCGGCGGACCCACGGCAACUUCCACAGGUCUUCCCGACUCGACUCUUGGAUUCGCUCAAGCCAUGAUGGCUGUCCCGGUACCGGUCAUCACAUUGCCAUCGUCGUUGCCUCAUGGACAUGGACCUCAUGGACUCGUUGAUGCGGCCAAGGUAUCGGCACAACCAGCUGCACCGAGCAAAGCUGCGCCUGCUUCGGUGAAGGAGCCAUCGCCAGUUGUGGAAGAGCUACCUAUGGUGGUUGCAUACCAUCCCAUCACAAGAGCAGUCGACACCUACGGUGGCAUUGACAUUCUUGCCAUGGAAAAGUUUCACAUCCCGCAUUAUGUUCCAGCACGUGAACACCUUGGCGCGGUGGACAUUCAUGCGCUGAUCAUGUCACUAAAGUCGGGAAUGAAGAUGGAGGUGACUACUGCGCUGAACACGCUAUCAACGCUCACGAGACAGGAUUCUGACAACUUGCAACUUGCACGGUGUCCAGAGCUGUUGGAUACGAUACUGGACUUGACGGAAGAGACGUUUGACAGUUGGAAGGUCGGCGAGGGCAUUCAAAUGGCACCAGCUAAACCCGAACUGGUAGAGGACGCGAUGGACACGGAGCCAUGUACAAAGUCGGUCGCUCCACCACCACCACCACCGAUUUUCUCACAGAAGGCCCGCUUUGAUACCUACGAGGAGCUGUUUGAGGCCAGUGUAGAUGAGGCUUGUCACUUGAUGGAGAUCCAGCCAGGCUCGCUGAUGUUGGUGGAUGAUCAGGAAGGCGAUUCGGACACGGACACAGAGUCAUCACAGACGAUGCUUCGGUUCCAAGAAUGGUCGUCCAACAAGGACCAGUUUUUGGCACUCUCCAACCUCCUCCGGAAUCUGUCGUUCUCACCGGGCAACUUUGAGUUUUUGGCGCACUACCCACGGUUCCUGCAGGUCCUGAAGGGCACGCUGUUGAGGUUGCAGAUGAAGGGCCUUUCUCAGUCGUUUGGUGCUGGAGCACAGGAUGUCAAGAGCGAUGCCGACGAGUCCAACGCCGUACGGAGUAGUGACGACAAUAAUAGCAGCACCGCGACAACAACGACAGAGGAGGAGGAGUCAUCAAGGUCACUGGAGGAGACGUAUCAGAAGAAUGGCUGGCUCCCGUCGACCGGGGCUCUGACGAUCCUUGAGCACCGGAAAGACAUUUUGACGAUCUUGGCCAACCUUUCGGGGUACCUGAUUCUACCGGACUCGGAUAGCGCACAGUGGAUCAUGAUUUUGAUCCUAGACUUUCUCCAAGCCCAGGACACGUACUACGCCAGUCUAGCCUUGGAAGCAGUUGCAAAGCUUGGGAUCAGCCACGACAACCGGCUAUUGCUGUCGAGUGUCGAUCGGGAUCUGAGGAUGGAGGGUGUGAAACAACGUAAUGGCGGACGGUUGCCGACCCGGAAUCCAAAGUCGUCGUCUUCAAGUCAUCAUCACCAUAAUAGCCGCAGCCACCACAACUACCACAUGUUGAGCUUUGAUGAACCAGAAAAGUGGGAGACUGGUGGAUUCCUGUUGCCUCUUUUUGAGUCGAUUUCUGCGAUGCUGGCGCAGGCGCUGACGACGGUGACGGCACAACAGGCGACGGGAGUGGUGAUGCCACAUUCGGGACUGGCGCAUCUGGAGACGUUGAUGCUGGCGGCGUACAACCUAGCGGCGUUGUCGGAGAUGGAUUUCCGGCGGUACAUGGUGUUGCAGCCCGGGUUUGUGAGUUGUCUAUUGAGGCUGAGCGUGAUAUUGGCGGAUGUGCGGACGCCGGCGUACACGUCAGCGAGCAUGCGGACGGUCGAGACUUUACGGGUGGUCUCGAAGGAUAAUGAGCACCUGUUGGUCCAGUACACGGAAGUUAUUGCCAAGGCGGCGAUGCAGCCACAUAUCCAUCCCAAGGUUUUGGAUGACUUGAUGUGUGUCCUAUAG